AGUGGUAAGAUCAAAGGACCAAAAUUCAAGAUGCCAAGUAUCUCAGUCCCUAAAAUUUCCAUGCCAGAAAUGGAUAUCAAUUUGAAAGGUCCCAAAUUUGGAGGUGAUGUGGACGUGUCAGUUCCAGAGAUUGAAGGGAAAAUAGCUGCACCUAAUGUAGACAUCAAAGGUCCAGCAGUUGACUUUGAGGGGCCCAAGGGGCAGUUUGAAAUGCCCAAAUUCAAAAUGCCAUCAUUUGGUGGUUCUGAAGUGGAGGGUCCACAUGUUGAUAUAAACCUUCCCAAAUCUAAAAUCGAUUCAAAAACCCCUGAUUUUGAUAUCAGUCUAAAAACCCCUAAAGUCAAAGGGGACAUGGAUGUAUCUGUGCCUAAAAUUGAGGGAGAUGUCAAAGGUAUUGAUUUCGACAAGUCUGCUGUUACCUUUCCCAAAUUUAAAGGACCUAAAUUUGCAAUGAAAUCUUCAGAGGUAGAAGGGCCUGAAUCCACAGUUAAGACACCGAAGUUCAGCAUAGGAGCAAAAGGUUCCAAAACUGAAGUUACACUCCCAGAAACUGAUGCAAGUCUUGAUGCUCCUGAUAUAGAUAUCAAUUUAAAAGGCAAAAAGGGAAAGUUUAAACUUCCCAAAGUGAAAGGAAAGGCAAAGAAACCUAAUGUUGACAUAGAUACACCAGCAUUAGAUCUGGAUCUAGAGACACCCAAUAUUCACGUCAAAGGAACAAAGGUAAAGAAGCCUCUUUUUGGGAAGCUUCAUUUUCCCGAUGUGGAAUUAGAUAUCAAAUCUCCAAAAGUGAAAGGUGAUGCAUCUUUAUCUGAGGGAUUUAAAUCACCUGCCAUUGAUUUACCCUCUGGUAGCUUGAACACUGACAGUGCAAAGGUUCAUUUGGAAGGGCCAGAUGUGAAAGGGAAAAUGCCUGAUAUUAAAACAUUAGGUGUGAAAGGUGGUCCUGAAGUUAAUUCAAGUGUUUCAGGGGGAAGUGUAACUGGUGGCCUUCAAUACCCAGAGGGUACAGUAACAUUUCCCAAACUCAAGGUACCAAAAUUUGGUAUUGCUCUGCCACAGAUGGAAGGUCAGGAAAGUGGAGGAAAAGCUGAAACAGAACUUGCAGCUAGUGGUGCCAUGAACAUACAGUCUCCAUCUCUUAGUUGCCAAGUGAGUUCACAAAAUAUUGAGGUUCCCAGUCCAGAACUGAGACAUAGUGAAGGCAAAGUCAAGAUAAAGAUGCCAAAAUUAUUUGGCAAAUCAAAAGCAAAGGGUAGUAGUGUAGGUGACCUUACUGGACCAGAGGCAGAAUUAACUACUGGUGGAAAAGUGGGUAAAGCCUCUACAUCAAGUGUACAUUCUGGGGAACUGACAGGGGGGAAACUAGAAUUAGAGGGUGAUCCUGGGCUCAGCAUGACAACUAAAGGCAAAUCAGCCUCACUGGAUCUAUUUAAGAAAUCAAGACAUCGGUCUUCUUCUCUGAGUGAUGAGGGCGCGCUUGCAGUUAGUUCUCCUUCAGCUCACUUAGAGGCUGAGGGUGGUGACAUUUCAUUAGACCUUGGAGGAAGCAAGGUCAAAGGAAAGAAAGGCAAGUUGAAGUUUGGCACGUUUGGAGGUUUUGGUAUGAAAUCAAAGGGCUCAUAUGAAGUGACACUUGGAGACAGUGAAGCAGGAGUGGAGGGGGGUGCAGGUGUUUCUCUGCCUUCUAAAAAGUCAAGAUUGUCUUCAUCCUCAAGCAGUGAUAGUGGUUCAAGAGGAGGUUUCAGGUUUCCAAGACUAGAGCUGUCUGUUUCACCAAAAAAGUGAUUAUGAGGCAAAUGAAAGUCUCUCAUGUUCACCCAGAUAUAUUGUUAUAAUGUAGAAAAUUCUUCAAACUUUGGCUCUUUAAAACUCAAGGGGAUAUGCACAGUCAUCUCAGUGCUGAGUGAAUAAUUCAUUUUUGUUUUCAGUAAUUAGACAGAAGUGCAUGAGAUUGUUUAAAAUCCCUUCAAACUGUAAAUAAGAUUAAUUUGUAUUGUAAUAAUAAAUAUUGUUUUUGUACAUAGUCCAGAUUUAUUGAACAUACACCAUAUUACAAAAUUUUCACCAAUAGUUUAUUGCAGGGUUUUUCAUUGUGUCCUAUUUCAUUCUAUUAAAUGAAUCUUGUUAAUGAACGGGUGAGGUAUAUUUGUAACCAGGGGUAUUGCACAAUACAGAUACGUACAAUAGCUGUUUCGAAGGAAAAUGUUUUGUUUGUUUUAAACACCCAGACACACAUAUAAACGGUUCCCAUUUUAAAUGUAUGAAAUAGAUUUAUUUUCAAGCUUUCAUAAUAUAUAAUCAGUGCAGAAUCACAUUUACCGAACAUAGAGCUGACCCUUUAUAACACUUUCUGAAGAGUGAUAAUGUUGUAUAUACCAUAAUUGCAAAGACAAUCACUGUUUGGAAAUUCUUUAAAGUGCUGUCACUAUGUCUCUGUUCAUUUUUAAUAAAAAUCUGUUUUGCUUAAAUUCAGCGCCAUUUACCAUAAAUAUGAAUUUGCUUUGUUUAUUUUAAACAGGUUCUGCAUCCUAACCCUGUGUUAUUUUCACAGUUUAAUCAUCCUCUGUAUUUUUUUUUUCAUUUUGUCACGCUCUCUUUGUAUACACAACUGAUGCUUACACAAAACUGUCACAAAUAAACACUUCACUUUUUGAUGUCAUUUGUUUACCAAAAAAAAAUCUGUGUUGAUAGAGAUGCAUUAGUAUUGGUCAGAUCAUAUGAUGGAGAGCAUGAUUCUUCGAAUCUAUUAUUUUGUGUGCAUUCUGUCAAAUAAACUAAAUAAAAAGAUUUUAAAAAAAA